CAAAAUGGCUGCGCCCAUGGAGAGCGGCGUUGAUUUUGAAAAUAUUCCUCCAGAAAUGGCGAAGUACAGAACGCCAUUAGUUUCUCGGUAUGCCAGUCCAGAGAUGGCAUAUACCUUUAGCGAAAUGAAGAAGUUUUCAACCUGGAGAAAGCUUUGGACAUGGUUGGCAAAGUCUGAGAAGACACUUGGGCUGAACAUCUCAGAUGAACAGAUAGCUGAAAUGGAGGCCAACUUGAUGAACAUUGACUUUAAAAGAGCUGCGGAGGAAGAGAAAAAGCGACGGCAUGAUGUUAUGGCCCAUGUUCACACCUUUGGUGUCUGUUGUCCAAAAGCUGCAGCAAUCAUUCAUCUUGGAGCUACAUCUGCUUUUGUUGGGGAUAAUACCGAUCUGAUUGUUAUGAGAGAUGCAUUUGAUAUAGUUCUGCCAAAGUUGGCUAGAUGUAUUCAGAGACUAGCAGUGUUUGCAGAACAAUACAAGAACCUGCCCUGUCUGGCAUACACACAUCUUCAACCCGCCCAGUUGACCACAGUGGGCAAGAGGGCAUGUAUCUGGAUACAAGACCUACUCAUGGAUCUACGGAACAUUGAGCGUGCGAGGAAUGAUCUUAAGUUCCGCGGAGUUAAAGGGACGACAGGCACCCAGGCCAGUUUCCUGGCACUGUUUGAAGGAGAUGAAGAGAAGGUGGAAAUCCUGGAUAGACUAGUCACUGAGAUGGCAGACUUUAAGCAGCAUUUCCUGAUCUGUGGCCAGACAUACACACGAAAGGUGGACAUAGAUUCUCUCAGCACACUCGCUAGUCUUGGAGCUUCAGUUCAUAAAAUAUGCACAGACAUAAGACUGCUCGCCAAUUUCAAAGAACUAGAAGAACCAUUUGAGAAAGAACAAAUAGGCUCCAGUGCCAUGCCCUACAAGAGAAACCCAAUGCGGAGUGAGCGGUGUUGUGCCCUGGCCCGACACCUGAUGACUCUUGUACAGGACCCACUAAUGACCCACUCUGUACAGUGGAUGGAGCGGUCACUUGAUGACAGCGCUAACAGGAGAAUCUGUUUGGCAGAGGCCUUCCUGACAGCAGACAUUGUGCUGAGCACAUUGCAGAAUAUAUCAGAGGGACUUGUUGUAUAUCCAAAGGUGAUCAAGCGUCGACUGGAGCUAGAGUUACCAUUCAUGGCCACAGAGAACAUUAUAAUGGCCAUGGUGAAAGCUGGGGCAGACAGACAGGAAUGUCAUGAGGAGAUCAGGGUGCUAUCUCAUGAGGCAGGGGCUGUUGUAAAGCAGGAGGGCGGGGAUAAUGACCUGGUGGAGAGAAUCAAGAAAUCCCAAUACUUCAAACCCAUUCAUGCCCAGCUAGAGGCCAUUUUGGACCCUUCUACUUUCACUGGAAGAGCCCCUAGUCAGGUGACCAAAUUCCUGGCUGCAGAAGUGAAGCCUGCCAUUAAGCCAUAUUCCGGAAAACUGGAUGAAAUCUCAGAACUGAACCUGUAGUUGAAGAUAAUAUUAAGUUUUUGCAAUUUGAUCCUUCGCCAUAUGUAAAAUUCUCAUCUCUGUGCUGCGGAAAUGAUUGCAAAUUGAAAGCCUUAUUCCUGAAAACUGGAAUAAAAAUAAGAACUGAACCAGUAAUGAGGACAACAAUAGAUUCAUGGAAUUCAAUUAUUUGUUAUCAGUAAAAAUUGAAUCUCUAAGAAUAUUGCCGAAAUCAUGGAAUAUAAUUGAGCUCUCUCAUUUUUAUCUUACAUGAAUAUACUCUUUUAGCAGUUUGUGUCCGACAGGUUUCUUAAAGAAUGAAGCAUGGACUUGGCAUAGGAUAUUAUGGCAUUAAAUCUAUAGCUUAUGAUCAACUAUAAACACUGCCUUUAGCUUAUGAUGAAUUAAAAACACUGCCUGAGGUUUAAUUUCAGACAUUUAUUACACUGAACAGAAUCUCCAAACAUUACUUAUGGUGCUGAAGAAAUAGCACCACUAACCUAAUAGAACUAUUAUCAUACUGUAUUAUGUGCCAUUUCUACUAUUAAAUCUUUUGUGUUCUAGAUAUCUUUACAAACAUUAUAUUGUUGUUGAAUAUUAUCACAUUAUGCCCAAUUAAAAAAACUUCCAAUGCAUCUUUGUGUGUUAUCAAUGUUAUUUGUCUAUUGUAUUACAUCAGUUGUUGUCAGAUAUUCCUGUUAAUACUUUUUAUACACUCCAAGAUGGGCAUAUUAAAAUCACAGUGUGCGUC